GUGACUUGGUCUAUUGGUAUCAUGGACCUGGAAGAAUCAAGCUAAAUGCUAAGUGGGUUGGUCCCUAUAGAGUUGUCGAAGUCUAUCCUACAAGAGUUAUUCUGCGAAUUGAGAACCUCAAGACGAAGCAAAGUCACUAUGUUCAUGCUAAUGCAUUGAAGUUUGCUAAUGUUCGUCAA